GCAGUCCACUUGUUGAACACUUUCGAGAUCCUUGAACACUCCCAAUCUGCACACUAUGCGUUUCUCUCGUGCCCUUCUAGUCGUCGCUAUCCUUGCAGUACUUGCUCUUGUGGUGGUGCCUUCGUACGCUGCAGCUCAGAAUGAAUACCAAGAGGUUAUUUUGGAUGCGGGAAAGAGGACAACUGCAGAAAUGAAGCGCUACAUCAUUUCUUUCAAGGAAAACGCCAACAAAAAGACUCUGGACGACCUCAUAAAGAAAGUGACUGACGUUGGUGGAAAAGUAAUCAACAGGUUCUCUGUUAUUCCGGCCAUUUCAGUUGAAAUCCCUGCGAAUGUCGUUACUUCCUUUUCCUCCUUCUCCGGUGUUGACUAUAUUGAAGAGGACAAGCCUGUUCAAGCUUAUGGUGGGGUUGGAAUUUAAUGCGGUUCUAUGAAGCGCUGCUGCUAUAUCAGUUUGGAUGCCAUAGUUGCAUCGCCAGUGAUUGUUUUAGGUUUUUAUGUUUUUUUUUGUAAAGUUUUUCGUCUUACUCGUAAUGUUGAGUAAGUAUGCCAGUGUGCUAGUGUUUUAAUGGAUAUGGAAUACUUUUGAAUAUUGAUACAUUUUCUGAUGGUCUGGGCAAACAAAG